AAGAAAAGACUUUUAUUUUGGCAUGUGACGUCAUCAGACGGCGCCGCUUCAGCGCUGUGAUUCAACUGGAGAAAGGGCAUUUUUAUUGUUUUAUUCGUUUUAAACGGGAUAAAGUGUCCAAACAGAGAAAAAUUCCUGCUGAAGCGACUGAUCUCCACACUGUUAUAAAGAUGGCGUUUAUUAAAGAGGAGAGUGAAGAUGUGAAGAUCGAAGAGACAUUCUCAGUCAAACAGGAAGAUCUGCAGGAACAAACAGACCUAGUUAAAGAGUAUGAGAGGAGUAAAGAGGAGGAACAUCAUGUCAAAAUUGAAGACAAAACUCCUUUAGAGACUGAUGAUAUUUUAAAAAUGAGAGACAAGCGUUGUUUUACUUGCAAUCAGUGUGGGAAGAGUUUGGCAAACAAAAGCAAACUAAAGAUCCACAUGAGGAUCCACAAUAGGGAGAAACUAUUCACAUGCACUCAGUGUGGGAAGAAUUUCAACCAAUCAUCAAACCUUAAUCAACACAUGAGGAUCCACACUGGGGAGAAACUAUUCACAUGCACCCAGUGUGGGAAGAGUUUCAGCAACUCGGCAAACCUUAAUCAACACAUGAGGAUUCACACUGGAGAGAAACCAUUCACAUGCAGUCAGUGUGGGAAGAGUUUCAGCCAAUCAUCAUCCCUUAAUCUACACAUGAGGAUACACACUGGAGAGAAACCAUUCACAUGCAGUCAGUGUGGGAAGAGUUUCAGCCAAUCAUCAUCCCUUAAUCUACACAUGAGGAUACACACUGGAGAGAAACCAUUCACAUGUACUCAGUGUGGGAAGAGUUUCAGCCAAUCAUCAAACCUUAAUCUACACAUGAUGAUCCACACUGGAGAGAAACCAUUCACAUGUACUCAGUGUGGGAAGAGUUUCAGCCAAUCAUCAAACCUUAAUAUACACAUGAGGAACCACACUGGAGAGAAACCAUUCACAUGCCUUCAGUGUGGGAAGAGUUUUAGCCGAUCAACAUCCCUUAAUCGACACAUGAUGAUCCACACUGGAGAGAAAGCGUUUAUGUGCUUGAAGUGUGAGAAUACUUUUAUUACAGCUGCAGAAUUGAAACGCCACCAGAGGGUUCACACUGGAGAAAAACCGUACAAGUGUUCACAGUGCAGUAAGAGGUUUGCUCGCUCAGGAACCCUGAAAACACAUGAGAGGAUUCACAUUGGAGAGAAACUGUAGACAUCAUCAGUGUGUACAAAGUUUCACUUAAUCAGGGCAGCUUAAGAAACACAUGGGAUGGUUUCUGGUAAGGCGCCGACACAUGUAGCAGCAUAGAAAGAGCGCU